CACGAAAAUCAGUUGGAUAAACCGAUGAGUAGAGUACGGCGAUACUCUCCAGCAGAGAAUGAAGAAGGAACAGUCUAACUUUACCGUACUGGAUCCGUCCAUCUACCAGAAACCAAAACAACAAAAGCCUUCCGUUCGCCAAACAUUGGUAGCUGCGGUCAUCACCAGCUCAAUCGCCAUUAUUCUCAUCGUUACGGGAAUAUGUUUGAAACUAGCUUAUUGGCACUCACUUUAUUACAAGGAUGAGUACUAUUGGUUAGCAGUGACAGCUAUGGUGUGUAUCGCCCUGAGCAUUCCAAUCGGAGUGACGGCCGUUUGUCUGAUCAAUGUUAUUUGUCGAGUACGCGCACACAUUGCCUACAUGGAGGCUCGAAAGCGGGAACUGGAAAGUCGUGUCGCUGAUGUGUACGUCCCAGAAGUCCCUCUGAAGAAUUGAUCGAUAUCAACAGGGUGGUAGCGACGCAAAAUACACCGAUGAACUGAACUUCAUCCCGUCAAAAAAUCAAGCCGAAUAAUGCUGCUCAAAGUGGAGGCAAAACUCACCACCCCACAAGGCAUUUUGUACCACAACCCAUUUACACAAUGAGUGCUCUCAUAUUCUGAAUUUGCCCAAUCAAUUUAUUUCUAAUGCAGAUAAUGUAACAUUUAGACU